AUGUCAGCGAAAACGGAACAACUAUUAAUUUCUGACGUCAAAAAUUCUCAACAUCGUCAUCAUCACUCCGAAGAAAAUGACAAAAUAAGCAAAGAUGAAGCAGCUGUUUAUGAUCGCCAAAUCAGACUUUGGGGAAUUGAAGCUCAAAAUAAGCUUCGCAAGUCUUCGGUGCUCGUGUGUGGAAUAUCGCAAUGUGGUUCGGAGUUCGUCAAAAACAUCACUCUAGCUGGUGUGCAAAGGCUUGUUUUGAUGGAUGACAAAUCAAUUACCGAAGACGAUAUUGGACACAAUUUUCUGCUUCGGCUUGACGAGAAAAAUCUUCUGGGGACGAAUCGUGCACGUGCGGCAUUUUCUCGAACCGGUGAAUUGAAUCCCAACGUCAAAUUGAGCUAUCUGGAAAAUAGUCUCGAAGAGCAUCUCAACUCUUUAGACGAAGAAGCAGGAGAACGAUUCCUUUCGGAAUUUUCGCUUGUUGCUAUUUUUGAUCAUGAGUACGACACCAUUGUGAAAUUGAAUAAUCUUUGUCGAAAACUUAAUAUCAGAUUUGUUGCUGGUGGUGUGUUUGGCUGGAUUGGAUACGCUUUCCAUGAUUUUAAUGAUAAAAUGUUCUUAAUGAGAGUUGAAACCGAGUUUCCAACUAUUAAUCUCGAAGGCAACUCAUCAACUCAACAAAACGUUGUUACUAUCGAGGAAGAACAAUUUCAUCCAAAGAAACUCUCGUAUCCUUCAUUUUUCGAUGCUUUCAACUUCACACCUUCGACAAAAGCUCAAAAGCGGCGUGCUUCGCGUAUUCCAGGCGCAUUUUAUUUGCUGAAAGCGAUUUUCCGUGCGCAAAAAGAGAAACAAUUUAAUGGAAACGAGGAACACGAUCUGGCUGUUCUCGAGAAAAACUGGAAUGAAGAACUUGUCGCGUUCAACCAAAGCAAAGAAACGCAAAGUGUGCAGCCUGAUAAGUUCGAUCAUUUGUUCAAUCCGCAAUUCACUCCGGCUUGUGCAAUGGUUGGUGGAAUAAUGGGUCAAGAAGUGAUCAAAUCGUUGUCGGAAGGCAAAAAACCUCUGCCAAAUGUGUUCAUCUAUUGCGGUAUUGACUCAAGUUGCAUAAUGUCUGCGUUGCCGCCAAAAUAA